CUCAGUCUGGUCGCCAUGAUUCUUGUGCAGAUGUUUUCAGGGCUCAGACUGAGGAGAUUUCACGCUAAGCUAUCGGCCUGAAGCGCUGCACUUAAACCAGUUUCAAUGCACUCAUCGACGUUAUAGAGAUACCAGAGUCUCCAAGAUAACAUACUGUCUUGGGUUAUGGCGACCAAUGUUGGGGAUGAUGACUUUGAUGAAUACGAUAAGCCUGGUGCUGAAAGGUCAAGAAGACGUAGAGGAGAAGAUGAUGACGACUUGGAGAGUGAUUUGGAGGGAGACUUACUUGAAGAAGAUUGGCUGUCAUCCAAAAAGAACCCCUCAGAGCUGUCAGAUGAGGAGCUAAAUGAUGACCUCUUGCAAAGUGAUGAUGAGGACCAAAAUAUGAGUGGUCAGGGUGCGGCUGUGAGUUUAAAUGCAACACUGGGUUUGGGCACCUCUGGUCACUUUCAAGAUGAAGACGUAGGUUGUCCUGAAAAUGCCUAUGAGGAGACAGAGGGGUGCCAAGCGGUAUUCUCUCAGGCUGGGCAGUAUGAGGCAGAUGAGUACCAAGCAGAGGAUGAAGGGUUGGAAUACGCAGGAGGCCAGAAUUGUGAUAAAUAUCAAGAUGAAGUUUUGGACCUACAGAUCGACGAGCCACUGGAUGACGAUUUUCAAGUAGAUGGAUAUCCAACUGAGUAUAGUGAAGAGCAGACUGACAGACAGGAAGUGGCUGAGGAGGAGGAUCAUGAAGAAGAAACUCAGGACAGCUCUCAGGUCACCGAAUUGGAGGAGGUGGAGAAUGAAAACGAUCCAGAAGCUGAGCCAGAGCAAGAUGCAGAUGUAAAGGAGGAGUCUGAUGAGGAAGAGGAAGAUGUCGAAGAAUCUAGACGUCUGCGAUUUAAGACGGAGCGUAAAGAUGACACUGUGGUCAGGCUGUCUGAUGCUGCCAGUAAAAGAAGGAACAUCCCAGAAACAUUAGAGCUCUCUGAGGAAGCUAAAGCAGACCUGCAGGAGUUUGAGGACAAGGAACGUCAGAGGAAGCAGGGCCGUUUUGGAGGCCGAGGAAGAGGGUGGCCACGACCAGAUGGAAUGAGGGGAAGAAUGACAGGUAGAGGUGGGAUCAGGGGAAGAGGAGGAGCAGGAGGACGUGGAGUCGGUGGAAGAGGCGAUUUCCCUCUAUUUGGAGUAGGAGGUUUCCGUGGUGAUGGAGUUGGAAGUCAGGGGAGAAUAAAUGAGCAAAGGCCUCCACUGAUGCAAGUGAAUUUAGGAAUGCAGCAGCAGCUCAGAAUGACUCCUCCGCUCCAACAUCACCACCAUCAGUCGCGUCUGCCUGGUGCCAGAGGCGCUGGAGGUCCUGGGCUAUUCCCAGAUCCAGGCACCCCGAUCCCUCAGCAGCCGCUGCAACUGUUGAUGCCACACCUGGCCCACCGUUCCCCGGGGCCCAGAACACAACACGACACGCACGGACUGCGCUUGUUGAACUCACCGCCACGGCACUCACACGCACAUCCCAACCAACACCAGCAGCAUCAACAGCACCACCCCAAGAACAUUCACAUUAACCCUCACUUCAGAGGACCCUCCUCCUCACCUGUGCAAGUUCCCUCAAUGCCUCCCGUGCAGAACCAACCGAGGCCUAACAUCACGCCACAGAGACUCCCGGUUCCUCCUGAUUUUCAGCAGCAUCUCCAAGGGAAUUUUGGCCCACCUCAGCGGCCUCUACCCUCCCAGGAGCAAUGGAGAGGACCACCACCACAUCACCAGGAUCAAGAGCACUUCUUCUCUGGUGAACCACGUUUUUCAGGCCAGCACAUGUUUGACCAGCCAGGCCCUGCCCCCCUAAUGAAUAACAGCGUUCUUCCGAUUUCGGGGCAAGGCCCUCCGUCUUUCCCCCCUCAAGGGGGACUCGGAGGUCCUGGAUUUGGUCCUCUGGGGCUCGGGCAGAAUCAAGGGUCUCAGGGAGAUGGUGCUUUCCAGAGAGAACCUCUUCGGCCGGGUCUGGCCCCGCAUCAUGCAGGCCAUCCAACACCCCAUGGCUCCCGUGCCUUUGUGGGUCACAGACAGUCCUUCUCGCCCCAGCAGCAGGGACCCCCCUUUAGCCCCCAGCACAUGCUGUUUGGUAUGCAGGUACGCCAGAGAGGUCUAUUGCAGCAGCCCCUUCACCAUGAUCCUUCACUAUCCCAUCAGCCUUUGCACCAGCAGCAGCACCAGCAACAGCAACAUAGACAGGACUUACCCCCACAGGGCCUGCCUCACUCCCAGCCUCCACCCCAACAGCACCACCAACAUCACCUAAGGGAUCACCACCCCAUGGUGCACCUUUCCCAGCCCCAUUUCCGCCAGUCGAUUCAGAGUAGCCAUAGACAGAUGCCGUCUCGACCGCAGGGCAACCAGCAACGAAACAACCACGCCAGGCCCAGAAUGACGCCGCCGACUCCACUGCAGCAGAUUCCUCCUCAACGCAACAGCAACCUUCGUGAGCUGCCCAUCGCAUCUAGCAACAAUAAUAACCGUCCAUCAGUGCCUAGUGGGCAAGUAAAGCCAGUUACACAAAAUGUUAGGCAAGGGCAGGUUGCUCGUUCUGGACCAGCAGGGAGGGGAGGACCUGUGGCACAAGGGCAGGGCUCUGCCAGAGCACCGCAGCAGCCCAGUGUGCCUGGGAUGAAGACAGAGUGUCCAGCUGCACAGUCAAGCACCACUCCAGAGGACCCAGAUGAAGAUGAGGAGACGCGUCAAUACAGACUGAAGAUUGAGGAACAGAAGCGUCUGCGAGAAGAGAUCCUCAAGCGCAAAGAGCAACGCAGACAGAUGCAGGCUGGUGAGCGCAAAAGACAACUGAUGGAACGAAUCACCGGCCAGAACCCAAACCAGACCCCACAAACGCAGAACCCCACACAGACCCCUGCAACCCAACCCCCGCAGCCGGUCCCUUCACUGAUCUCCAACGGAUCCCCCCAGAACCCUUCGUCAGGUGUUAGUUCCCCUCGUCCGAUUGCAAAGGCUCGUCUGCAGAACACUAAGCCUCAGGCGCAGGCUUCAGGCUGGUCUGCACCACAGAAGCAACUGAACCCUGGUCCUGACGCCAACCAACAGAGCCAAUGGCAAGCACAGCAGAAGAGGACCACUACCCCACAAAACACUCAAAGACCGGGUGCUGUUCAGACCGGCCCAUUAGAAGGGCAUGGCCUGGGUCAGCCUCAGCGCGGCGGAAAGAGGACAGUGAUGCAAAGAACGAACAGCAUAGAAUCACCACAGGUUCCACAGAAAGUGCGACUAGUUAAGCUUCUGGGAGAGGCAGAUGCCAGUCCCAACACUGGUCCGCCACAGCAACAACCAAUUGGUCGGCCUGCCCAACAACAGAGACUUGGUCCCAUCAGGAAAGUUACCAUGGCAACUGGUGGUGUACAAAGUCAACAACAGGCAGGCUGUGGCGUGGCAAACCAAACGAACCGGUUAGUAGUACGGGGCCGGGGCCGAGGACGUGGCCGUGGUGGGGGGCGAAUGAUGAUGCAGCAGAGCCCAAGAGCUGAGGAUUGUCAGCCCAGCACUGUCUGCAUUGAGGGUUUAUCCACCACCACAACCAACAAACAGCUCAUGAACCUUCUCAACUCCAUUGGCCCUGUUGAGAUGUUUACAAUGUUGCCUGAGCAGCGGAAGGCCAUUGCCAAGUUUGUGAACCCAGAACAUGCAGUGAGCUUUCAGCACAGCUUUCACAGGCACAUGAUAGAUUUGUCUCACAUCGAUGUUUCCGUUAUUGAUGGCUGAGGAACAAGUCAGUUCAACACAAGAGAAGACAAGAGAAGUGAGCAAGAAGAGCACUUCUUUUUCUGAAAGACGGGCGAACAAUCGGACGCACAAUCAGGAUGCUAAAGCUUUGGAUGUUGUGUGGAAAGUACUGUCAACAAACUCAAUUCACAUGCAUGAAAGAGUAAAAAACAAAGAGCCAAACACUAGCUGUGUCCUGCUGGAUAUGGCGCAGCUUUAGAACUCAUGUUGUGAAUGACUUUGGCAUUAAGUCUCACUCUUGUUUCUGUACAUUCAUUUAUAUAUGGAAAUCAGUAAUGUUCUGAACCAGCAGGUGAAAAGAGACUGAGGUAUGAAACCAAGUCAUUUUUAUGACACUUGAUAAUAGUUGCUUCCAUCCUGUAGUUCUCAAGACAGAUCAUCAGAACAGUUCUUUUCAAUAGGAAUUCUUGAUUUAUUUUGUGUUUUCCAGUCAUGGACUUGAACAAAGUGUUAGAUGGGGGCCUGACUGACUGAAUGUUCUGCAUGCUGCAGUUGUGUUUGUCACCGGUAGAGGGCAGCAGAACUCUACUGUAUGGAGCUCAGGGCAUGUUGUGGACAUCAGAGUGAAAAGCACUGCUUUGUGGAGGUGCUGUUGAGGAACUUCAGGGGCAUUUUUGGGUUGUGUUUUUUUUUUUUUUUUUUUUCUAGUUGAAUAUCUUUGGAAGCCACUGUGAGAUUGCGAAUGUCUCAUUUUUUGUGCAUUUGUUCAUCAUUAUUUAUUAUCUUAAGUUUAUUCAUGGUCCCUCUCACCAUUAUCAGCGAAUUGCAGUUGAGUUUUGUUCUGCAGAGCUCGAGUGGUGGUUCAUGACAUGUGUCUUUGUGACAGACUAUUUGACAAAAUUGGCUUUUAUACUUUGAUUUUAAGUUGUGGUGCUGGAGUCGCAUAUUUAGAUUAUUUUAAUUGUCGUUAGAAAUGGCUUCUAGGAAAGUAUUAAAGGCUGCCAGAAAGUCCCCCCUUUGGUAAUGCUCCUUUUAAUGUGCUUAGUUUUCUUUCCUCAGAGUUUAGCACAUUGUGUGUGGAAGAGAAUGACUGAAUCAAGGCCCGUGUGAUGAUUUGGUAGGAUUUUAUUGUAGCUUUUGAUGGUGGUGUGGUGUAGUUUGGUCAUUUGUUUGUGAAGGGAGAUAUUUUGAACAAUAUCUAAUGUUUGUGUGGUUAUAGCUAGGGCCCAGUUAAUUGUUUUGCUGUUGGUCUCACAGUUGACUAGCUAGGGAUAGGGAUUGGUCAACAUCAGCUGUCAAGUACUCUUCCAAAACCCUUCAUCUUCAUUUUCUACUUUAUUUUGUAUGUUGUUACCCAUGAAGACUUGUUUUUUCUUUCAUGUUUUCAUGUAUUCUCAGUCUCCAGUCAAUAUAUUACAAUCCCUGUUUUUUCAUUGCUCUAAUCAUGAGUAUUUCACAUCCCAAAUUGUUGUUAUAUCAUCAUCAUUAUUAUUCAUAUUGAUAAUACUCAUAGUAGUCACCAGUAUAGUGCUUGUAAAGUUUAAUUGUACAACUUAAACUGAACUGUCACGUUAUCGCCCCAGAACUGCUCUUUGGUUUAGUGGUCCUAUUUUAGUUAAUUGAAUCCAAUCACUUUACAUUAUAAGCUACUUAUGUAGCAAAAACAGUCUUGUUAUGCUAUCUAAAAUCGCUCCGUUUUAGAUAGUAUAACAAAAUCCCUGUUAUGUAAAUAAAUGAUCAAAUAAGUGUUUGUAGUUAUUAGCACAUCCAGGUCUACAAUUUCAAAGGAUUUGGGAGCAACUAUUAUCAGUGGUCACUUUUUUUGUAUAUAAUGGGGGGAAAAUGUGUAUGAAGCUGUCAAGUCUGUUGUUUUCUCAUAUUGAAGUCUUUCCAUGUUUGAAAUGGUUUAAAAAUACCCUACUUGUAUGUGACAGGUGACUUUCUUUUCUCAAUUUGUUUUUAUAUAUCAGCAUAAAAGUAUCCCUUGGUCAUUUUACAACAAUUUUGUUAUUGCAGAACUUAGAGCUUAUUAUUUGAAAAUAUUUUAAAGAUGAUAAAUAAAAGGUGGUCACAUAUAUACCAUGUAAAUACGGGUAUGUGAAGCCAACUGUCUUUAUCACCAUUAACUGUUGUCUGAUGUUGUUUUGUGUUUGAAGAUUUCCUCUUGCAUCCUAAAAUAUGUUUUGUUAUUCAAAUCACAACAUGCUUAUUUCCCUAAUGUUUGUCCAUCCUCCCGAAUGUUUCUGUUGCCAAAUGUCGGGGAAAAUAUUUUAUUUGUAAUUGAGGUGCAACAGUUUAUCUGAAGACUUUUCUCUUGACUGUCCAAGACUUUGGGCCAUUGGCUUUCAAGUUCAUUUGUAAAGCUGCUAUCCUUCAACACCCUCUUGCUUUAAGAUGCACUUGUUAUUUAUAAUAUAGUAGUUGGUCAUGAUUAAUCCCAGUACUCUUUGUCUAUAUUUUUGUAUUAAUAAUUUACAUUGUGAGUUUCCAGGAAUCACAUAUAUAUAUAAUGGGUAAGAUUGUGAAUAAUGUUAUAAAAUCAAAACACAUGGAUCCUGACUAAGAUUUUUACAUUUAUUUAUUUUUUAUUUUUUUGUUAACUUUGAGUUUUGUAGACAUGCUCUGUUUAAAAUUGGUGUAGGGCACAAAUUUGUUUUUAUUUAUUGGUUUGAAUGUAUUUAUAUAAAAAGAGUGAAUCCUAUGGAUUUAAAAGGUUUCAGCUAGUCUGAAAAAAAACACUAUUUUAAUAUAUUUCUAUUUUUAAAUCUUAUAAGACGUAAUGUUUAUAAAUGGUCUUAUAAGAGAGAAAAACAGAUUCAUAUUGAAUCUUUUAGUAACUUUAUUGUAAGUUUAUAAUAAUUUGGGGAUGCUGUCCCUUUCCUAACUGUAAUCACACAUGUGACAAGUUUAAUUUUUCAGAGAUUGACUUAUUGGUCAGAGAUUUUAGAUAAGCUUUAUAGUCUAAAAUAAUGUAAAAGGUAUUUUACUUUUUGGUAUGUUUUUGUUUUAUAUUGUUUUGUUUCUUUAUUUUUGUCAAUCACAAGUGGCUGACACACUCCCCAUGUUUUAUUUUUUUAUUUUUUUUGACAUGGGUCCUGCUGCAGUUGAACAAUUGGCCAGUUUAUAGAAAUACCAGGAUGGCCUAUUGCUUCAAGAUUAGGACUUAUAGACCUAGUUUCACAGACAGGGCUUAUAUUAAGCCAGGAUUAGGCCUUAGUUCAUUUAGGACAUUUUAAGGAACUUUUAUAAAUGUGUUUUAAGACAUUUUAAGAUAUGUUAGUGCAAGUUACUUUCCGUUAAAACAGCUUAAUCAUGCAUUUUAGUCUCAGGCUAUCUUAAGCCUUGUCUGUGAAACCUGGUGUUAGAUUACUUGCAUUUCUAUAAUGGUAGUCAGCUCUUAGACCAGAGAUGUGGUAUGUUUUUACUCAUACAGUAGUUUUAUCUGUCAAACACAAUACACUGCUUCCUGUUUGGCAGCGCUAUGAUUAUUUGUCACUUUUAAUUAAACCAUUUUUUUCUCUUUUCCAGGACAGAGCUUCCGGAAGCGCAGAAAGGAGGGUUUUUCAUAAAAAAAAUUCUCUGUAGCCCCUUCUGAUGGCAGAUGGCAUUGGUUUUCAAAAGGAAUUAUUAGGACAAUUUAUUUUACAUUGCACUAGCAAAUUGUUUGUAGUAAUACCACUAAUGCUUUCUGACUGUCAGGGUGAAAUUACGUGUAACUGUUUUAAAUUAUGGAGUUCAUUCUGUGGCAAGAUUAGGAGAUUUGCAGAACAUACAUUUGAACACAGCAGAUAUAACUUUAAAAUUAGGGUGAUCUGAUGAGAUUGUUUUGAAAAUGACAUACAUUUUGUCAUUUUUACAAUAGCAAACAAUCAUUGCAACUAUUGCACCGGAGAGGACGAUGAAGUAUAAAGAUUUGUUUUGAUUAAUCUUGUUUAGCACUCAAGUUGAUGGGUUCGAAGUAAACUUUUAAUUGCAUAGUUUUUGAGCCUUUUAUGCUAUAUUUGAGCCAAACAGUCUCAUGAAAGUGCGUAUCUUAUACCACAAAUGUCAUUUCUUGUGGCAUUUAUAAACCAAAAAUGGUUUUUGUGUGCAUAUGCUACAUACUGAAAACCCCUUGGGUAGGUUUAGGGGGGUGGGGAGUUUGUGCGCAUUACACGCCAUAAAGUAUGUAUCAUAUGCACGCGAAUACUGCGGAUCAUAUAGACGCCAAAACUAUUUUUGGCGUAUAAAUCGCACGAGAAAUAACAUUUGUUCUACAGAUACGAACUUUCAUGAGAUGGGGCUCUUGAGCCUUGUUUAUCAGCUUUAAUGCAGUGAUUGACUGAAGGGAGAAUCGUGCAUAGCUGAUACCUUCCCAUACCUGCAUCCCACUGCAGUGCUCCUGAAUUCUGGUCUCCAAGACCUGAACACUGUGAACCAGCAGCCUAUACUGUUCAGUUGAAAUCAGAGGCCUAUUUAUUACCGCGUUGUGUAUUGACUCAGGUGUUUAUCUUUCUGGUUUGAU